CACAUUAUAUAGUCUACAUAAUGUUCCUGGCAUGUGUAGACAAUCAGAACAAAAACGGGUUGGCGCGACAACAAAAGUCGCCCUCACGUGAGUGCUUCAGAAGAGAGCACUGAUUGGUCGCAUGUGGGAUAACCUUUUUGGUCAAACGGAAUACGUCACAUUCAAAUCUGCAGCUGUGAGUGAGUGGGUACGUACACAAUCCGGCGUCCAAGCAAGCGGUGUUAGACAACUCUCAAGGAAAAGCAACUUGUUUAAUACAGCGAAUAAGUGUCCGAGACUCGGCCAACAUGGCAACCACAGCUGUAUCUCGUCUGAAAGAACAGGAGGACAGGGAGGGAUGUGGAGAGGAUCUUCCGCGCACCUACAAAUGUAGCAAGUGUGACAAAGAAUUUUGUAAACCGAGUCAGCUGAAGUAUCACAUGCGUACUCGACACACUGGUGAAAAGCCGAGGUGUGAGGUGUGCAGCAAACACUUCAGUGGGCCGGGUCCUCUGAAGAUCCAUAUGCUUACUCACACCGGAGAGAAGCCACACAGGUGUGAGGAGUGCAACCGACAGUUCAGUCUGCUGAGUAUUUUAAAGACACAUAUGAGGACGCACACCGGUGAGAAACCCUAUAAAUGUGAGGAGUGCAGCAAACGGUUUACUCAGUCAUGUGCUCUGAAGAGGCAUAUGCGGACUCACACUGGAGAGAAGCCGUACAGAUGUGAGGAGUGCAGCCGACAGUUCCGUGACCUGGGUGAUCUAAAGAAGCAUAUGCUGACUCACACCGGAGAGAAACCCUACAAAUGUGAGACAUGCAGCAGACAAUUCGCUCACCCGACUUCUUUGAAGAUGCACCUUAGGACUCACACAGGUGAAAAGCCAUAUAAGUGUGAGAAAUGCAGCAGACAGUUCAGUCAGCCAGGUGCUCUGAAGAUGCACAUGCGGACUCACACCGGUGAAAAGCCGUACAGGUGUGACGAGUGCAGCAAACAGUUUAUUCGGCUGGAACGUCUGAAGAAUCAUAUGCGGGCCCACACCGGUGAGAAACCCUACAGAUGCCAGGAGUGCAGCAGACAGUUCAGUUUCUCGACUAAUCUGAAGAGUCAUAUGAAGACUCACACUGGAGAGAAGCCAUACAGGUGUGAGGAGUGCAGUCAACACUUCAGUGAUAAAGGCACUCUAAAGAUCCAUAUGAGGACUCACACCGGUGAGAAACCUUACAGAUGCGAGGAGUGCAGCAGACAGUUCAGUCGACUGUUUCGUCUGAAGCAGCAUAUAAGAACUCACACCGGUGAGAAGCCGUACGGGUGUGAGGAGUGCAACAAGCGGUUCAGUAGGCUGGAUCAUCUGAAGACGCAUAUGAAGACUCAUACUGGCGAGAAACGUUAUGUAUGUGAGGAGUGCAGCAAACAGUUUAGUGAUCUGUAUAGUCUGAAGAGUCAUAUAAAGACUCACACCGGUGAGAAGCCGUACAGAUGUGAUGAGUGCAGCAAACAGUUCAGUCAUCAGGGAAAUCUGAAGAGUCAUAUGAGGAGUCACACAGGUGAGAACCUUACACAUGUGAGGAGUGCAGCAAACAGUUCAGUCAUAUAGGAAAUCUGAAGAGUCAUAUGAAGACUCACACGGG